AUGGCUCAUGAUUCGGACAGUCUGCAGCCGUGGGUGUCGGCCACGACCAUCGCCGUCACGGUGCUGGCCUUUGUCGCCGUGUGUCUGCGGUUGCUGGCGCGGUAUGAGCGCAAGCAGGCGCUGUGGUGGGACGACUGGAUGAUUCUGUGGUCGAUGGCCUGGAACAUCAUCGUCGUCGGCUUCAUCUUCGCCAUGGUCCGCGCCGGCAUGGGCCUGCACGCCGCCACGCUUCCCCCGGAAGACGUCGUCCUCGUCGCCAAGUUCCUCGUCGUCGCCGAGAUCCUGUACGUGUUCAACCUGGUCUGGACCAAGAUCAGCAUCCUGCUCAUGUACUACCGCAUCUUCCGCUUCGCGUACUUCAAGAAAUGGGCCUACAUCAUCAGCACCUUCGUCGUCAUGUGGGUCAUCUGCAUCACCUUCCUGUUCGUCUUCAUCUGUGUGCCCGUCCAGAAGCUGUGGUAUCCGUCGCUUCCCGGCCGCUGCAUCAACCAGGUGGCCACCUGGAUCGCGAACGCCAUCUCGACCAUCCUGACCGACCUGGUCAUUCUCCUGCUGCCGAUUCCGCAGGUCUGGCGUCUGCAGCUGCGCCUGUCGGAGAAGCUUGCCCUAACCUUUGCCUUUAGCUUGGGUUUCUUUGUGGUCUUCGCCUCCGCCUACCGCGUCUCCGUCCUCUUCACCUACUCCUCCGCCGACUCGUCCUACACCCUCGCGCCGACCGUCGGCUGGACAGCCAUCGAAAUGUCCGCCGGCAUCGUCUCGGCCUGUCUGCCCACGCUGCGGCCGGCCCUGCAGCUCGCCGCCCGCGCCCUCGGCAUCCAGCGCUUCAUGCCGGCCCUGCUGCAGAGCCACCAGGAGAAGCUGGUCAAGAGCGCCGCCAGCAACGCCCCGUCAGCAGGACAGGACAGCGCGCUGGCCGCCGCCCCGCGCCACUCGUUCUACCAUCUGUCCGACGAGUCCGACUCGGACGGCCGCCGCGCCCUCACCCAGGGACACGCGCACACCUCGCUGGACGCGGCGCUGCGCCCGGACUACGACCGCAGCCACACGGUGACAGACGUGCGCGGUAGGAGUGUGAACGGCAGCGCGGAGGAGAUUUCGCUGAGCGGGAUCCGCGUGCAGAAGGAGUUUACGCAGUUUAAGCAGUAG